CCCUCUCCAUCUCCAUCCGGGUAGCUGUGGAGGGGAGGCUCGGAGACUUCCCUCCCAGGCCCUGAAGUUCCUCCGAGCAUGGGGCCGCUUGCCCCAGAAGCGGAUACGCGGGGUCCCCUUUUGGGGGUCGCCGAUAAGCGAACGCUUCAGGCUUCGGGGAGCCCUGAUCUCAACACGACCCCGACUGAAGACGAGCAGCGACAGCGACGUUUCGCAAUCAAAGGUGGGCUUUUUCUUGCUUCUGUUGCUACUGCAGGAAUGCUAGCAGGUUUUGGUAUGACACUUGCUGUGGCGAAAAAGAAAAGUCCCAAUUGGUUCAAUAAGGGUGUAAUUGCCACAGCAGCUUUGCCAGAAAGUGGCUCUUCCCUUGCUUUACGGGCCCUUGGAUGGGGUUCACUCUAUGCCUGGAGUGGAGUUGCAUUGAUUAGCUUUGCUAUCUGGAAGGCUCUGGGUGUUCACAAUAUGAAUGAAUUUCGGAACAAAAUGCAGUCAUUAUUUCCAUCAGUUCGAAAAACUGCAGUAAAUUCUGUUGAAUGGGAGGACAUUUGGAAAUCUAAGUGAACAUCAUAUGGAGGAAUUUGUACUAAGCCUUACAAAACUACAGAGGAAUUAAAAUAUUCAUAUUCAUAAUGGCAUGCAGUUAGUACAGUAGUAUCAACACAUGCCCCUUUAAUUUGCCAGGCAAAAGUAAAUUUUACUCUUAGUAGUUUUCACUUUAGUGAUGGUAAGUGCAGAAAAAGAUUAAAAUUGUUAUAAACAUUAACCCUAGAGAAGAGAUGACUUGUUGACCAGGUUAAUGGGUAAGAGUAUCCAUAUGUGUUCCCCCCGCCACAGUGAUUCAUAGUGGUUUUUAAAAGAUGGUAUAAGCCACUAAAGCAGACUGAAUAAUGCUUGUGAAAAAUUAUAUAAAUAAAGUGAUGGUCACUAAAUCUUGCUCUUUGUUCACUGUAUUAGCAUGAGCCUUCAAGAACCAGGACUAUAAAGAUUCUCAGUGCAAAGAGAAACACAACAUAUGGUGGGUCUAUAUGGGAGCCCAUUUCUGAUACUAUUUUUAUUUAUUUUAUUUUUAUUUAUUUAUUUUUGUCACACAGUAUAUAUAAGCAUAAGCAUGAAAUAAUUAUACAAUAUAUAAGCAUAUAUAUGAGUAUGUAAUAACUAUAUAAUUGGAUAUAACGAAGGAAAACAAUAGGACAGGAACGGUAGGCACGUUUGUGCUCUUAUGCAUGCCCCUUACAGACCUCUUAGGAAUGGGGUGAGGUCAAUGGUAGAUAGUUUUUGGUUGAAGCUUUUGGGAUUUUGGGCAGAGACCACAGAGUCAGGUAGUGCAUUCCAGGCAUUAACAACUCUGUUACUGAAGUCAUGUUUUCUGCAAUCAAGAUUGGAGCGGUUAACAUUAAGCUUAAACCUAUUGUGUGCUCGUGUAUUGUUGCAAUUGAAGCUGAAGUAGUCUUUGACAGGAAGGACAUUGUAAUAGAUGAUUCUAUGAGUAAAACUCUAGUUUAACUCAUAGAAACAUCUAUUCUAGUUACAUUCCAAAAAACUAUUCUAUUUAAAAAUUUAAAAAACUAUUCUAGUUACAUUCCAAAGAAAAAAAUUGUUGGGCCUUUGCAGAUUUCAGAUUUGUUGUUCAAACUAUGAUGUAAUCCAAAGAGAACAAAAGUUUGCUCUUCUGAGCAAACAGUCUCUUGGAUUGCAGUAACAUUCCAGUCAGAAACAAACAGUCCUGAGCAUUGGAUAGUUGUCCUAAAAGCGAGUUGGAAAUGGAGAAAAGGAACCAACUUCCUUUUCAAACAACCCUAAACUAGUAUUAUUUGGGAAUAGCCAUGACUAAUUAGGAAGGAACUGGCAAACAUGGAUUUGGUGAUAUUCUUGGCUGUACCAGAACCUACCUUACAAGACAGUUCAGUAGUUGAAGAACAGAGCUGAGUUAUUUCAUUGCAUUAAUAUGAUAAUGAAACUGAAGAGAUCUUUAGAUGUACCAGCCGGUGAGAUAUCUUUUGAACCAGAGGAUUAACAGACUGCUGGUGUUGAAUAUAUUAAAAAAAUUGUAAAACUGUCAUACAGGGAAGUGGACAGGAAAAUCUGAUCUGGGGAGAAUCUUGUCUGGAGAAGAAGGUGAAAAUUAUUCUGAUUGUUCCAAAUGUAAAACUAGAUCAGCAGUCACCAACUGGUGGUCCAUGCCCACCCAGUCACAUGCCCACCUAGCCACGUCCAUCCAGCCGGUCAUUAGGCAGAUCUAUUAGUGGUCCGCGGGAUUUAAAAUUAUGAAUUUAGUGGUCCCUGAGGUCCAAAAGGUUGGUGACCCCUGAUCUAGAUAGUACAAUAAAAAAACGACGGGUAAAGAAAAAACAAAAACUCUCUCAGUCAGAAUGGCAAUUUGUUUGUUUAAAUCUAGAGAAGAACAUGGAUAUAACUAGUAUUACUGACAUUCAGUGGCUGAAAAAAAAAUCAAAGGUAUUGAGCUUUAUCAUGAUAGAAACAUUGUAGGAAAAAGAAGAGAACGUUACUAAAAUGGUGUCAUUUUACAUGCUGAAGAAGACAUGUUGCUACAUAAACUUCCACAAUGCAUGUUCAUGGUAUAGCAAAGCAAAGGAUUUCUAUUUGGUCAAAGCUUGUGCCUUAGAACAGUUGAUAAGGAGCCUCAUGGUGACAGAAAUAGCUGUUCGCUAACUAUCUUUGGAGUCCCCAGGGACAUUCCUUGCAUAUCAGUGCUGGGACCAGCAGUGAAGAGGAAGCUCUGUUGCUCUCCACAUUUGUUCUUUUUGCAGUUGGCCUGAUCCAGCUGGGCUUUGCUUUUGUUCUUACUAGCAUACACAAAGGUUAGACGAAACAGGAAAAAAAUUGUUCCUUUCUGACAAACGUUUUGUCAACAACAUGAAAAUAGAUUUAAUUUUCACCAAUUUCCCUUUUAGCACCAAUGUCCCUCAGUCCAAUUGUACUCUAGUGGAGAGCCCAACUUCAGAAAAAGGCUGAAAACUGGGUCUUCCCUCAUUCUAUAAAUAGAAGUUUUCCAUUCUCAGUGGAAGAGUGGCUGUUUUCUGCCCUCUACAGUAGGAUGCUGCUUUUAAAAUAUUAGAGAAGAGGAAGCAACUGGUCUGAGGCAGUUUUUCUGAGUGGCCAGACCAGUUCUCUUUUUUUAUAAGACUAUUUGGGAAUCCCAGAGAGAUAAUGUGGAUGAUUUUCUGCUAGCGUGUGAAUUAUGAGUCAGUACCCUAGAAACUGUGAAACUGUGAUUCUAAAACAAUGUUUUAAUUGUAAGCCAAUUAAAUGCUGCCAUGUGGAAAAACGAUCAUUCUAACUGUUUAAAAUGAAUGUGACAGAAGAGUAAGGGGUAUUUGUUGCUUUUGUGCCCCUCCCUUAUUAUUAGUUAAUGGAUUAUUAGUUUAAAAGAACCCUAACUUUAUUCUCUAUGUAGAAUAUUUAUUUGACUGUUAAUCUGAAUAUUCCUAACAAUGCUAGUUAGGAAUUUUCUUCCUUUCAUCACACUUGUUCCCUCAAACAUUAAGUACCUGAUUUAACUAAAAUAUAUUUUCAUGUAUUUCAAAAGGCAAAUUGUUUAUGGCAUUCCCCUAAGUACUCUUUCAUUGAUUUGACCACUAGAGUAACUAAAAAAAAGGAUUUUUCUGAUUAUGUACAGUGUAUAUAUAAAAAAAAUCAUUGGACUUAUUUAUAUCCCGAAAUUAGAAACUGUAAUACCCAAAAGGGUUUUGUGAAUAAAGAAAAAGAACAAAAAAGGAACACAAAGAAUAUAUUGUUCACUCUGAUUUUUUUUUUCAUACAUGAAAAGCUUUGAUAAUUUUCUUCGUCAGUUAUCACUGUCAUGAGCAUUUACAAUUUUAAAAAAAGUUAGUUUAUUGAAACAGCCUUCCAGCAUUUCCUCUCCAGAUCAGUGGUGGGUUGCCCCAGUUCGGUCUGGUUCUUGUGAAUAGGUAGUAAAACUGGGGGCAGGCUCCGCCCGCCCACCCGGAUGUUGUCAUAGACCAUCUGCGCAUGCACAGAAGCUCGGCGUGAUCCCAUUGCGAAUCGGUAGUAAAGGUAAGUAGAACCCACCCCUGCUCCAGAUGUGUUGGAACUACAGCCCCCCCCAAAUCUCAGUAUUUGAUUUUGCUGGCUGAAUGUCUGUUCAAAAACAUCUGGAGAGUGCCAGGUUAAGAGGGCUAUUUUAAGCUGGACAAGCAAUGAUCUGCCUCAGUUUAAUUUUAUUUUUUAUUAAAUCUUCUAAGACAGUGGUUCUCAAUCUUUAUAGUGCUGCGACCCCUUUAAUACAAUUCCCCAUGAUGUGGCGACCCCUUUAAUACAAUUCCCCACGAUGUGGCGACCCCCAACCAUAAAAUUAUUUUCGUUUUGAAUUUAUCGCACCUGAAGCCAUAUUGGCUAGCAAUCUGAACUGCUUGCGAUUGCCUUGAGGACGGAGGCAUUAAAGUGGAGACUCCUCCCCUAUUAAGUUCAUCGCGCCUGAAGCCAGAUUAGGCUAGUGAUUGGGAGUGAUUGCAGCUGGCUUGAGAGGGAGACAUCAGAGCAAAGAUUUCUCUCUUUUUUAAUUGAUCACGCCUGAAGCCGAAUUCGGCUAGCGAUUUGAAGAGCCUGCAGCUGGCUUGUGAAGUCAACCAUUGAAAUGCAAUUCUUCAACUCGCAAGUAUACUUCCCAUAUUUCUGAUGGUCUUAGGCGACCCCUGACAAAUCGUCAUUCGACCCCCAACGGGGUCCCGACCCACAGGUUGAGAACCGCUGUUCUAAGACGUUUGUGUGUUCUUUCAAGUCGGUUUUGAUUCCUGGAGACUGCCUGGAUUAGUCCGUGAAGGUGUUUUGGCAAGGUUUUUCUGAUGUGGUUUGCCUCCUUGCCUCCUUCCUAGGGCUGAAAGAGAGUGACUGGCUCAAAGUCACCCAGUCAGCUUUAUGCCUAAAGUGAGACUAGAGCUCUCUAUUUCCCAGUUUCUAGCCUGAUGCCUUAACUACUACUACAAGCUGGAUCCAGAAUUCAUUGAGUUAGUUAUGGGUACCUGACUAGGUAACAUUGCUGCUUUGUGAGCUAUAAUAUAUUGAUUAUUGGCUGACUUCUGGGUGCAAUUUGGAGUGUUGGUUGUCACCUUUAAAGUUCUGUAAGGCUUGGGAUCUGGGUUUCUUCAAGGCUAUCUACAUUAGUGACUUCUACCAAUUCAGUAAUAUCUGGAAGAGGGUGACACUCUUUAGGCAAACACUUUGCCACACUGACAAAGUGUUACCAAUGGGCAUUUUGCCUUGUUCUAUGGAUGUGAAAUACCGUAUUUUUCACACUAUAAAACACUCCAAACUAUAAGAUGCACAUUAGCUUUAGAGGAGGAAAACAAGAAAAAAAAUCUGCCUCUACUUCCCAGCAUCUAUCUGGUAUUCAUCUGGCUAGCGUCCUUGCAGCAAACAGCAAACAGCCUAGUCAGCUUCAGCACAUUAUCGCAGCCCCAGCAUGUGGCUCAUCAGAGCUCUGCUCUGUUGUGCCCACUACCAGUCAACUGAGCUGAGCUGCUGCCGCUGUUGGCGAACACGAGCCUUCACUACCAAGCAGCUGAUUGGCAGUUGGAUUGGCCUCCCGCAAUACCACCAAUCAGUUGUU